CUCAAACACUUAUGACAGAACCUGGUCUUCCUCUGCUACAGUAAAGAUCAGGUGCAACACUGCAACCAACACAACCUUAUACCACAGCCUUUGAGCAGAGACCUGCAAGCUAAACCUACAGACUCAUCCUAUAGCGACAUUGCAGGAUAACCCUUAAUUGGUGUUCAGCAUGGCCAAUCACACCAGCGUCCUGAGAUGCAUCCUGCUGCUGCUAUUGGCCGUCACUCUGGCCUCAGCUUUGAGAACAUUGGACACGAAUGAAGAGCUGGAGAAGACUGGCUUCGGGACCCCGCCCCCUCGCCACGGCCUCAAACUACUCCUCUGGUAUGUCCAGACCUGCAUCGACAACAACAUGGUGUCUCUCUGUGACCCCAGGGAGGGAGCAUACGGGUUCCAUAAGUUCAAGAACUAUAAACUGUUACUCCCCAAACUGAAAGACCAGAACCUGUACACCUACUACACCAUUGGUAACCUCCAUUCCCACGGUGCAGAGAACCUGCCCUAUGAAGUGAGGCGAUACUACGACAAGGACAACCUCCUCAGCAACCAGGACAGGGUGUUGGUGAAGUACAACCAGAACAACAAUCACAUCGACAAGAUCUACAUCUCAGAGCACUACAAGCAACGCAAGACGUACAUGAUUGGGCCCAAUCUUCUCUCCUCUCUCAGACAGCCCAGCUGGCUUGCAUUGAUAUGAUAGUAUGAAUAUCAGAUCUGUACAUUAUGCUAUUCACUGUUGUUUUUCUUGACACAAACCUGAUGGCAUUACUAAACCUGUACUAUGUCAACCUGACUUCAUGGGUGAUGUGUUUACUGUAACUUUCUGUUUCCUUUACAGACACGCUAUAGAAAUACAUUUUUACAGACAGAACAUUGUGAUUCUGAGUGCACUGAAAUCAAGUUAAAUUAGGUCUGCUAUAAUGCAGGUCAGUUUAGCACAUUGACCAAUGUCCUUGUUCAAUCAUUCCUAUUGAUGUUGAUUCAACUGAUGACUUACAUGACUAUAAAAUGUGAAAGUAAUGCAAAAGAGGGUAUAUUUUUGUUGUUGUUUCCGAUUGUUUCAUGCUACUUCUUAUACAAUUUUAGAAGUGAUGAUCACAGAGUGACAGUAUUCUCUAUGCCAGUGGCGGUCGGUUCCUUUCAAGUUGAGGGAGGGUGUAACCAUUCAAGUUGAUCUAGGGUGUAACCAUUAGUCCAACAGUUGCAAACAAGAGUUUCUAUUGGACAAAUUCAGGUAUGUUUAUCCCCAUUGUGUUUCGUUUGCUUCCGUUUAAGUAAUGUUUUCAACAGAAUCGGCAGAAUGAAUAAACCGCGGAUCACACACAAAAGCAGUUCACUUUCAUAGCAGCCAGAUCGUUGUAUAAAGAUUGUUCAAUAAUUCCUUAUCACACCUACGCGCUCUCCUCCUCUCACCUUUUCCCUUCUCUUGUGUACUUCAGUGCACAACACAUCAGCUGUCUGUGACCAGGCGAAAAAACCUUUCCAAGUCAUUGUCACCAUAUUAGCUAACAUGAAGUCAACACCAUAGCUACAAGAACUAACGCAUUAGUAAACCCACUACAAUCAUGAAGUACAGUGUUGCAAGCAGUUUAGCAGUUACACUGGUGGCCCCGGUGGCAAUAAAUUAAUACAACCAAAAGCUUACCUUGACUUGGAAAAGUUCCAUAGUAGGCUAGGUAACAUAGCAUCCUUUUCUGUUUGAGCCGAGUGUUUGAGUAGGCUAACUAGCUAGCUGCAUUUUCAAGCUAAGUAAGUGAAAAUGUAAGUGAAAAAAUACUAAAUAUAGCUAUAUCUCGCUCACUUGCUUCUCCUUCGUUUUUGAAGGAAUUAAUUUGUUCAAAACUGUUCAACUAUUUUCUUUCUCUCUCUUUGGGGUCAACUACUCACCACAUUUUAAGCAGUGCAGUGAUAGCUAGAUGUAGCUUAUGCUUUCAUUCCCUCUCAUUUUCAUUCAUUCUCUGAUCCUUUGAUCGGAUGUGCAACAUGUCAGUUUAUGCUGAAAAAGCUUUGAUAGGUUGGAGGAUAUCCUCCGGAAGUUGUCAUAAUUACUGUGUAAGUCUAUGGAAGGGGGUGAGAACCAUGAGCCUCCUAGGUUUUGCAUUGAAGUCAAUGUAUGCAGAGGAGGACGGAAACUCUCUGUCCUCCGGCUACACCAUGAUGCUACCCUACAGGGUGCUGUUGAGGCUACUGUAGUGUUUUAAUCAAUUAUUUGGCAUUGUGAAUGUAUUUAGUAUAGUUUUAUCUAAAAAAAAGAUGACUUUUUUAAUGUUUCACUGUUUUUAUUUUUAUGAAAUUCACUAAGGAUAAAUUCACUCCCCUUCUUCCUCUGAGGUGCCUCCACUGCUCUGUGCUCAACCGAGCCUGACACCACCUUGAAGGGGAAGUUUUGGUGGUGGUGUUGUUUCUACUGGGGCUUUUGCAGUGUAAUACCAGGUCCUUUGACAUAUACCACUUAAGUUUCUGUUCAUCGUUUAAAAUAAACACUUCUCUAUUCACCA